ACCCUUUACUUCCUCAGUAAUGUACACGGCCUUGAACCCAACGUAGCCUCUUGGUCAUAUGCAGACGUUUUUCUGUCACCUUUAUGUGUGACAUUGUUUAGACUUCAGCUCAGCGUCGUCUCAAGAGUGAGCCGUUUAAACACGUAGUGCAAGUUCUCUUAAGGACACAGCCAGACGUGUGUAUUGAUGUCUGUGUGUGGACCAGCUCUACAGAAAUGUGCACAUCCAGCCAUAGGCUGUGUCAUCCUCAUCGUGGUUGUCUUGCUGGAUUUUGUCGCAGGCAAGAACUGCAGCCACCCCAUAAUGCCGGAACAUGUCUCCUUCCGCUGUGAAUCAUCUCCCUGCCAAGGCUUCCCACACCAGAGCACCAUCCACUACAUCUGCGAGUCGGGCUAUUUUAUUCCUGGACGUCGUUAUUCCCGCUGUCGCAAAGGAACAUGGGACCCCCCCAUCCCCACCUGCAUUCUUCGCACAACGGGGCACGUUUACACAGAUGAUAGAGAAGUCCAGUCUCUCCCAAGUGUUGCCACAACAGCAGUUGGUGUAUCGAUCUUCCUGCUCACUACCACAGCCUGCAUGGUGAUUAAGUCCCGCCUCUACCCCUGUCAGUCAACCAGGCAUACCCCUGAGCAGAUGGACCUGAUGGUGGACGGGCUGCCGGUUUCUCUUCCGACAUAUGAGGAGGCGGUGUAUGGGAGUUGGGGCCAGCGACUCACCCCCACUCAUGGACCGACCCAGCUCUUAUUGGCCCAGGAGACUAAUGGGCACAGCCCACUUUUGCCUCAAGUUCAGGUGGAGAUAAAUGGUUCUCCUCAGCUGUCCAAUCAGAGCACAGAGCUCCCACCACCAUAUGAGGAAGUACAGUCAAGAUCCUCGGGGGAUCAGACUGUAGGGGAUGGACAAACACUACAAAUUGCACUUUCUCAAGACAAGGACAGCUAAUGCCACAGUUUUUUUUGAUAACUGUUCAACCUAUUGGUUAUAACUGCCAAGACUGCGACGUUGUUUGCAUAGGAUGCAUUUUCAUCAUGUUUUAUGAUGAUGGCUUUUGAGUGGCUGAAUAUCACUAAAAACAAGUGGCUUAAAUCUUUCCUAUGGGUUGAGAAACAUAUGAUUUAGAGUGGCUAAACCACAUGAUCACAAUAGUGAUCAAGUAAUAAUAUAUUCAUGGCAACAUUGCUGUGUAUUUCCAGCAGACGCUGGGAAUUUGAACAUUGCUAUCCUGUCAGUGAUGGGAACAAUACUGGGCAUUCUUUUGGCCAGUUAGAGGAGGUAGUACUUACUGUGAUAUCCAGCAUUGCUGUUGGUGCAUCACUUAUAGGCGGAAGUAUGAUGUUCAUAUAUGUUUGGAAGGAAACCAAGUGUUGGUGGUAUUUCUCUGAACGUGGCACCAGCAGUGAGUGAGAUGGAACAGAGUGGUAGCAAGACGGAAAUGUAGUACCUCUUAUGGAGAUGGGAGAUGUAGACCAGAUAGAAUCUAUGUGAUGUUGUUCCACCAAACCUCUCAAACUUACCACUGUACCUAACCCAACGCUUCCUGCUCCUUCACCCCUGUUUGUCUCCAGCCAGAAAUGGAAAGUGAGAGGUUUCACAGUACAUGAAUGCACAGCGACUUUGAAGAUAUUAUCACCUUUGCCAAUUUCCUCUAUAGCCUGUUGGUUUGUUUCUUCCUAUCCAUUUUAUCCUGACUGUGUGUAAUGAUUACCUAGGCGCCAAAUGCCAUGUGGUGUCGAACUGAAUGAAUGGACUUUAAAAAAAAUAAAUAAUAAUAAUUAA